AGGUACGGGACCCCACGUCCCUGAAAUCGGCUGCGGUCCCUCCUCUCCUUGUGACUCGUUCGUCUCAGGAGAUAGUGUGACUCAAAAACCCCCGAAACCUGAAAAAAAUAAAUAAAAUAAAAAACACCAAACCGACGAAGCACGAAUAGGAAUUGGAAGGGUUGCAUACAACUAAAUAAAUACUCGCAGAGCGCGAAACCAAACUUAUCUUCUCGCCCAUUUGCACGACCUACCCACAACCUUCCCCGCCCCCCCCCGCACCAGCAGACCCUAAACUAUGACUCCCGAGGAGUCCAUCGCCCUGAUCAAGGCCAACCUGGCCGAGGUCCUUAAUCCCGAGAUCAUCGACGAUGUAAUCCUGAAGGAGAAGCGGCACUUACGAGUCUACUGGGGCACCGCGACGACGGGGCGGCCGCAUUGCGGCUACUUCGUGCCCGUCGUCAAGCUCGCAGAGCUCCUCGCCGCCGGUUGUCAUGUCAUCAUCCUCCUCGCCGACUUACACGCCUACCUCGACAACAUGAAGGCGCCGCUGGAGCUGAUCGGGCACCGGGUCAAAUACUACGAAUUCAUCGUCAAGGGCCUGCUGAAGGCCGUCAACGUCGACAUCUCGAAGCUCACCUUCAUCCAGGGAAGCUCCUACCAGACGAGCGAGAAAUACACGAUGGACCGGUUCAAGCUCGAAGGGAUGACCAGGAUAUCGGUUGCGCAGAAGGCGGGCGCCGAAGUGGUCAAGCAGAUGAGCGACCCGUUCCUCGGCGGUCUGUCCUACCCUCUGAUGCAGGCGCUGGACGAGGAGUACCUCGACGUCGACGCACAGAUCGGCGGCGUCGACCAGCGCAAGAUCUUCACCUUCGCCCUGGAAAACCUGCCCAAGAUCGGCUACAAGGUCAGGGCCCACCUGAUGAACACGAUGGUGCCCGGCUUGGGAGAGGCCCAGAAGAUGAGCGCCAGCGAGCCGGAGUCGAAGAUCGACCUGCUAGACUCCCCCGACCUCGUCGCCAAGAAGUUAAAGAAGGCCGUGUGCGUGCCGAAGAAGCUCGAGGGCAACGGCGUAGUAGCCUUCGUAGAGCACGUGAUAUUCCGGGUUGUGUCCCUCAAGACGGGGGGGAAGCCUCAUUUUACGGUCGAGAGGCGAGACGAAGAACCCCUCGUCUACGACGAUAUCGAAAAGCUAAAGUCGGACUUUGAGCAGGAUAUACUCACGCCCCAACUUCUAAAGGCGGCCCUAACGAAGGCGCUGAACGAGAUCCUCGACCCGAUCCGCAACGAGUUCGAAGCAUCCGAGGAAUGGAAGAAGGUUGCGGAGCUGGCCUAUCCGCCGGAAGAGAAACAUCAGAAGGCGAAGAAGCAGAAGGAUAAAGGCGACCCGGCUAAGCGUGCGGCCGCGCUCGCGGCGAAGGCGGAACAGUUAAAUGUAAAGGACGACGGAGGCGAAGCGGCGCCGUAGGGACAGGGGUGAAUGCAUAGGUAGCUAGAGAGAUACCCUGCAACUUUUGGCAGGCCGUAUGCCCCAACGCGAGCCUGGAGCCGCUUACAUGCGCAUCCCCAGGGCUGGUAGACCUAGAUAUAAGGGAAUAGAAGGAAAGAAGGAAGAAAGAAAGAAACACCAUAACCACACGGGGCCAAUAUCGAUGUUGACCUUAGGAGGGACCUACCUAGGUACGCAGGUCAGGGUACCUCUAUACUGUCCCGCCAGGGAUCGCAUCGAGCUCCGCAGGAGGUGGCCAUUAUCCACGAUGGUGAUCUCUAGGUGCAUAGGUGCCUCCUCGUAAGUCACUGUGUUCAAC